ACAGUCUGAAUAUGUAAGAGUGAAGAUGGUUUUUGCAAGAGAUGUGGCAAGAGCCAUUGUGGUCUUGUAUAUAAUUGGCUUCCUUACAACUGAUGGAAAAUCAGUUAAGAAGAGAGUCGUAUCGGAAAUACAACUGAUGCACGAUUGGGGUCAGUACCUAAAUGAGAAAACCAGGUUGGCAUGGCUGAAAAGGAAGCUCGCGGAGGUAACGGAUCCCAAUGAGAUCCCCGGAGGGCCCCUUGAACCCUCUAACAAUGUCCGGCUCCAAAAGAGGACAGACACCAGUCUGGUUGCAAACCAGGAUCACCAACUAGCUUCAGGAGAAAAGACACUUUGGAAGACCAACAAGGCUGACGUGGACAUACUGUCCAAAGUCAAUCCCUACCUAGAAUAG